CUCCCGCCGCCUCCCCUACCGCCCGCCCCUCCAGACUCGCAGCGCGGGCUGGGCCGCCAGUCCGAGGACGCACAGCUGCCAGGAGGGAGUCCAGGCAGGGCUUGACCUGAGGACCCCAAGAGCUGGCGGAAACUGGACCCAGAGGUACCUGGGGCCCCAGGCCCUGGGGUGGGGUUACUGGAGGAGCCCCACUGGUGGCCCUUUCCCUGGGCCGGGUCAUGCGUUGCCGCAAGUGCCAACUCUGCCUGUCAGCACUGCUCACACUCCUGGGCCUCAAAGUAUACAUCGAGUGGACAUCUGAGUCCUGGCUUAAAAAGGCUGAACCCCGGGGCACUCGGCCUAGUCCCACACCAUCCAGCGCUGAGCCCACCCUACCCACCAACCUCUCAGCACGCCUGGGUCAGGCUGGCUCACUGUCCUCUGCUUACUGGAACCAGCAGCAGCGGCAACUGGGAGUCCUGCCCAGUACGGACUGUCAGACUUGGGGGACUGCUGCUGCCUCAGAGAUCUUGGACUUCAUCCUGUACCCCCAGGAACUUCAGCACUUCUUGCUGUCAGCAGCCUGCAGGAGCUUCCCACUAUGGCUACCUGCAGGAGAAGGCAGCCCAGUGGCCAGCUGCUCUGAUAAGGAUGUACCCUACUUGCUACUGGCUGUCAAAUCAGAACCAGGACACUUUGCAGCGAGACAGGCUGUGAGGGAGACCUGGGGCAGCCCAGUCGCUGGGACCAGGUUGCUCUUCCUGCUGGGGUCCCCACUAGGAAUGGGGGGGCCUGACCUAAGAUCACUGGUGACAUGGGAGAGCCAGCGCUAUGGUGACCUACUGCUCUGGGACUUUCUGGACGUCCCCUACAACCGGACACUCAAAGACCUGCUGUUGCUGACCUGGCUGAACCACCACUGCCCCAAUGUCAAUUUUGUCCUGCAGGUUCAGGAUGAUGCCUUUGUGCACAUCCCAGCCCUGCUAGAGCACCUGCAGACUCUGCCACCAACCUGGGCCCGCAGCCUCUACCUGGGUGAGGUCUUCACCCAGGCCAAACCGCUUCGCAAGCCUGGAGGACCCUUCUAUGUGCCGAAGACCUUCUUUGAAGGUGACUACCCAGCCUAUGCAAGUGGAGGUGGCUACGUCAUCUCAGGACGCCUGGCUCCCUGGCUGCUACAGGCAGCAGCUCGUGUAGCACCCUUCCCCUUUGAUGAUGUCUACACUGGCUUCUGCUUCCGUGCCCUGGGCUUAGUGCCCCGUGCCCAUCCAGGCUUCCUCACAGCCUGGCCAGCAGAACGUACCAGGGACCCCUGUGCGGUACGAGGCCUGCUCCUGGUGCAUCCAGUCAGCCCACAGGACACCAUCUGGCUCUGGAGACAUCUGUGGGUCCCUGAGCUCCAGUGCUGAUCCUCAGAGACAAGCUGGGGUGGGCGUGGGAGUGCUGGCCUGGCCUGACUCCCUCCUAAACCCUUCCUAGCCAAGAAUGGGCCAGACAAGGUGGUACUGUGUUUAUCUACUUUCUAAUUUUGAAAAAUGUGUCCUUUCUACUCUGAGGCCAGGAGCUAUUUCUUCUUCAAUGGGACCUCUAUAGGGAAGGCAGACACUGCUGCCCCUCUACCCUCACACAUGACACUUCCCAGCCUAGCCUGGCAGGUUCCAGGAGGCAUCCUGGACACUUCAUUGGACAUCAUGCAUCUACCACCAGCCCAUGGGAGGGCUCUCUCUGGAGGGGCCAUGUGCCAAGGCUGCCCUCCAGCUUGGGAACAUUUAUAGAAGUAGGUAGCCUUUUUGCCUAAAGAAGUCAGGAUGUCCCCAAAGGCUGGUGUGGUACUAUAUACUCCUAUAAUCCCAGAACUAGAGGCUAAAGCAGGAUCACAAGUUCCAGUAAGUUACUGUGGAGUUACACAAACAAUAGCCCCCAAACCAAAUCAGCCAUGCUGGGCUCU